CUCCUUUCGACACGAAAAAUGCAGCGCGCAAUCAGCACCAAGCAGAUCUUUUGAUGGCAGCAGGAAGCAACUUGAUGAAUAUCGAUCAUUUCAUCUAGAUCCGCCAUAAUAUUUUGGUUGACCGUAUUACUUAAACAAGGGCCAUGGCAGCUGCAUGACCUCAAAUGUUCUGCAGAAUCCAGGAUCAUCAAAAUCCACAGAUACUGAUAUAUCCCCCUAUCAACGCUUCGGUUGUUCUAUGUUUUUUGACAGGCACUUCUUCCGCCCCACAGCAUGAUAGGACGUCGCAGAUAUUUUUGUACAAAGCGUUGAUAUAAUGCCGCUUAUCGAUAUGACGUUUCUCUUUCCAAGAAGAAAAGCGUAGAACCACUUGAUUACAGCCACUACCACUACCUCAAAUCAUGUCGGACGACGAAGCUGAAGUGAAGAAGCGGGCCGCUAAGCCGAGCUCCGACGAUGACGAGUCGUCUUCCGACGACCUGGGCCCCAUGCCGGCCCCGGAGAAGCCGGGAAAGGAGGAGAAGAAGAAGAAGAGAAAAAUCAUGAAAAACGAGAAGCUGUACCAGGAAAACUUGCCAAAGUCGCAGAUGUACGAGAAGUCUUUUAUGCACCGGGAACCCGUGCGGGUGAUCUGCACCUCGACGGAUUGUGACUUCGUCGUGACCGGCAGUGAGAAGGACGGCAUCGUGAAAUUCUGGAAAAAACAGCACCAGGGGAUCGAAUUUGUCAAGCUGUACCGGGCGCACGCGCUAUCCUUGCUGCACAUGACUUUGUCCGCCAGUGACGGGCGAAAUUUGGCCACGGUCGGUGUGGACUGCCAAUUUGACGCAAAAGGUAUUUUUUUUACUACGAGAGUUUAUGCGUAUCAAUCAAUCUUGUGAUCCGGGGUCGUGUUUAAUAUUCCGAACAUGUUUGAAAAUGGAUUCUACAACUUCUGCCCAGGCAGGUCCUUACAAGCUUUUUUUCCACGUAAACGCAUUGAUGCCGAUGCGUACUUCUCUAUAAACUAUUAUGUUUGUAUAGCAUGAACACCAAGAAACUGCACGAAACUCAUCUCCAGGUAAGCCCAUCGCGUCCUCGCGUACCUGCGCUCUGAAAUAUUUUGACGUGGCCAAUUUCGAUCUGUCUCAAAUGAUCAAGUUGGACUUCGUCCCGCUGGUCUGCUGCUUCGUCAGCCGGAAGGAAAAAGCGGACGUGAGAAUCGCCGUCACGGAUCAGAACUCCGGCGCCAUCCGGAUCUUCAGUCAGUCGCAGUAUUACAGUGAAAAAUGCCCCCUCCCCAUAUCAAAACGGAAAUCUGUGAUGCAGAUUUGUGGUCACAAAUCAGCUUUGUGAUGCUAGAAGGCAAAAGAUGCGGACUGUAGUGCUGUCUAGCGUGGGAAAGCCUUGCAGCUCCAGGAUGACAAAAGGCAACUGGAAGUGGGAAACAGCAUGACAGAUUAACUGCGAUUUAGGCCGCAGCUUCGUUUCUUGGCCUUCUAGCAAUACAAGUUGAUUUGUGUACUCAAAUACAGCAUCACAAGUUCGCGCAUCUUUCGUUUCCGAUAUGGGGUGGGGGCUUUUUUCACUUUGAUACGCAGUCCCAAGUGAGCCAGAAACCUAUUCUCGAGUUAUUGUGAGGAAAAAUCCCCCCUCCCCAUACCAAAACGGGAUACUUCUCAAAAUUUGUGAUGCUGAUUUGAGGUCACAAAUCGUCUCUGCAUUGCAAGAAGACAAAUAAAAAACCCCGCCGCGUUCUGCAGGCAAUUUGUAAUGCUGUCUGGCCUACAGAGAACGCCCCUACCUUGCUAAGCGCCUACACCAAAACAUCCCUAGUCCGGCUUUGUAUCUGUCUGCAGUCCUCUACGGCAAGACAAAGCCGAUUUGUGUACACAAAUCCCGCAUCACAGAUUUCCAUUUCGAUAUGGGGUGGGGGGAUUUUUCCUUUUGAUACGAGUUCACGCAGCGGCACCAGCACCCGAUCUCCAUCCUGGAGUACCACCCCGCGCUGGACAUGUUAUCAAAUGUAAAAAUGUCUGGGUCUGGAAGAUUGGAACUUCAACUUGUCAUGCUAAAUCUGCAGCAUGCAAAAAUCUGUGUUGCAUGAUUGCCAAAAGUCGUCCAGUUUUGACCAAGUCGGGAGGGAGUUUCUCAUGCAGGAGAGGCAUGAGAAAGGUCCCGCAGAGUCUGUCAUGCUAGGUCUUGCAUUCCAGACCUCAUGGGUCAUGGAAAAGCAGCAUGACAAAUCGCGCAUUCUUCCAGACCCAGACACUUUUACAUUUGAUACAUGUGCCUGUCGCACGAUAAAAAGGGGUUUCUGGAACUCUGGGAUCCCGAGACCGGGAACUGGCCGAGUAGCGGGACCAGCCAGCAAACGGGGGAGAAGCGGUUAGACCGAUUUGACAUGAACAAACCCGUGAAAUUCAACCGUCAGCUGCUCAAGUUCAAGUCAAAGACGGACGGCACGGAUCUGUACGAGCUGAACAAAAAGCAGACCUCCGCGGUAUCGCUCAAAUUCAGCCCGAACGGCGAGUACUUCGCCAUGCUCUGCUUGGAUGAACGGGUCCGGAUCUUUCGCACAAGAACCGGAAAGAAGUUUCUCGAACUCGACGAGGCCGUGGACCAGUUGACGAUAGCGCAGAACGACCCAGCGCAGCGCAUUUUGCACCUGGACCACUUUGACUUCGGGAAACGGGUGGCGGUCGAGCGAGAACUGAAAAAGUCGCCCUGCUACCAGUGGCAGUCGCUUUCCUUCGACGAAAGCUCAAAUUAUUUACUCUACCCGACCCUGUGCGGCGUGAAAAUCUUCAACCUGACAUUGCGGAAACUGGAGAAUUUGCUCGGAAAAGUGGAGUCAACAGAAAGGUUUUUGCAGUGCGCGUUAUUUCAGGGGAAAGGACAGAAGCGGAUGGUCGGGGCGAGUGAGGCACUCGCUGGGAAUGCGUAUUUGUUGAUAUAAGAUUUUUGCUUUUCUGCUUCUGCAUGUUCAAAUAGUAUAUGUUUGAGUUGUGGGUCAACAUCCAUUUCAAUCCUGAUUUGUGUUUGUUCAGUUGGUCCGGAUUUGUGUGAGCCUGACGAUGCGUGCUGCAGAACGUUUCUGCAGAGUAGCUGUUCGGCGCGAGCAAUACAGGUGCACGACGUGCUGGUGCAGCACUCGUGUCGAGGGCAGAGCAGGCGAAGUGCAAUAUAAUUUUUAGCUGAAAAGAAUAAACUGUCAAACACUACAGCCCCGGCCAGCAGCUUGAAACCGACCCUACUCUUUUCGCGACGUCGUUUCGCAAGAACCGGUUUUUUCUCUUCACGAAGCGCGACCCCGAGGACGAUUUGGGGGAGGACGAAGUGGGGCGCGACGUCUUCAACGAGCUCCCCUCCAAGGAGGAGCAGGCCCUCGCGGUCUCGGCCGCGGACACGGUGCGGCUGGGCCGCGAAGCCAUCAUAUCCACUUCGUUCGGCGACAUCGUCAUCUCGCUUUUCUUCAACGAGUGCCCGAAGACGGUGGAAAACUUCUGCACGCACGCGAAGAACGGGUACUACAAUAAUCUCCGGUUCCACCGUGUGAUCAAGGGCUUCAUGAUCCAAACCGGCGACCCGCAAGGCGACGGCACCGGUGGGGAAUCCAUCUGGGGCGGCCACUUCGCCGACGAAAUUCGGUCGAAUCUGCGGCACGACAGGCCGUUCACGGUGUCCAUGGCCAACGCCGGACCAAACACCAACGGCUCGCAGUUCUUCAUCACCACGGUAAAUUGCCCGCACUUGGACCGCCUGCAUACCGUGUUCGGCCGGGUGGUAAAGGGGGAAGAGGUGGUCUCCCGGAUCGAGCGGGUAGCGACGCGAGUGGACGAUAGACCUGUGCAAGAUGUGCAAAUGAUGUCCAUACAAGUCACCGGAUGAGGAUAAUGCUUUCAGAGGACCACGCAGAUCCGCCAUGGUAAAGAUGAAAAACUAGCGACACUUAAAAAUCGAUGGUAUCAGACAUAUAUGAAUCACUGAAUCUCUAUCUCAGUCUGCUAUAUAUACAAGACGAGGUCGAGCCGUCAAAUUCGCCCCCACUCAGAAGAUGCCAGUGUUGUG